AUGGAACCUGGUCGUCAAUCAAACGUGCUGCAGUGGCAGUAUGACAGGACGACAGAUCCACGUUCAGGUCCAAGUCACCUCAUGUUUAGUUACUACAACGGCGGAAACAGUCUGAGAGACAGUCACGGUGAAGAAAACUAUGAUCACACCAGCUAUCUUGUAGGCUAUGGCGGCCGACAAGGUGGAUAUGUCCUACCCUCGCAUGGUACUCAAGCUGCCCAGUAUCCCGACCAAAGAAUGUGCUUCCAAGAAGGAUAUCACUUCGACCAGAGCUAUAUGUCCACAAGGUCACGAUUUACGGGUCAAUCGCAGUAUAGCAAUCGUGCUCAAGUCGAAUUUCCAGCUAGCUUCUCGUCUCAUAUCCGAACGAGCGAUUUAGGAGGACCACUGAUUAAGCCAUAUCAGGGUGCGACUCAUGAGCACAAAAGACCAGCAUCACCACCAAUCCCGGACGGACUGAAUCAAGACCUCCCAAUGCUCUCUCAGUGGAAUACUCAUGAGGAAUCGCGUGGCAAUCUACCUCACGGAUAUGGCAUGCAUUCGAAAGAUAGUGUGCAAGCCCUCGGCUUCUCUGAUGGUCUAGGUCUUGAGGCUGCAAAGCAGUUCUCGCCAGUCCAACGAAGAAUACAAGCUUUCGGCGCAACAAUGGAUGAGAAUGACUGGAUGGAAGCGCACCAACCAGUCAUUGUCUCGAAAUAUUUCCGCAAUAACAAGGAUCUCACCUUCUUCAGACCAGUGCGCGAAACCAGACACUGGCACUAUGUCAAGGACGAUCCGGCGUUUGCAGAUAUCGCUACUGAUGGGGAGAUAGUAGCAUUUGAAGAACUUGAUCAACGUAAAAACGCCAUUGUCUCAAGCCACAACAUUGCUGGAGCUUACCGCCGCCCCUCGAUCACGGUAACAGCCAACGUUCACCAGCGCAUUCAGACAUUUCCAGAACAGCAAGCGAUGGAGACAGGCCUAUCCAUCGAGCAGGAAGAACGUCUUGCAGCUCUUGGAGUAACCGGAGUUCCCAAACCAGUUCGGUUUGCCAUUCCCAAGCAAGAAGAGCAGCGGACAAGAUCGAGGUCACCCGAAAUGAUGAUAGGACAGCGGAACGAAGGUAAGAGCUACCGCCAGCGACAUUACAGUCAUGGGGGUCAAGCAGUGCAGGCACAAAAUUGGCGGCAUGACCAAGACCCAAGACAUCGAGACUCUCAAAGUGCUGGACAAAUGAUAAGCAGAGAGAGUGAGGGAACCGGUAGGAUGGGACUCGGGCACGGUCAGGACAACCAGCGUCGAGGCAGAGCAGGCAAAACUGAAGGAAAGAGCAGGCAGCAGCACGCCAGCAAACCAUGUGGGAAAUUCGAUAAGCAUCUGCAUCAGCACACUCCACGUCCUCACCCACCAAAUGCUACAGAAGGGGAAAUCUAG